AUGGAUAUUCCAGAUUUGGAAAAAUGUAUGGAAUGUGCAGCAAAGAUCUCUACAUCUGUGGAAGAAUAUGAAUUUCUUAUAAAUCUUUCUAAAUGUCUCAAUAAAAAAUCUGGGGAAUCACCAGACAGUGCAGAAGUUAACUUGCUUAAAGAUCAGGAUUUGCUUGUGAUUGAAGCUCUAGCAAAAGAACAGAAGAUUAUAUUAUCAUCCCAAGCAACAUUAGACUGGUACGCGCAUAAGCCUGCUCAGGGCACCCCAGCACCACGAAAACCCCUAAUUUCUCAAGCUUUGCGGUGGUUGGCUCGUCGAUUAAAAGAAAGUGACCUUGACUUCUCUGCUGGAUCCCCAUUGGCCAGAGGUCGAGUCGGGUCCCUGGAUGGAAUUUCGUUGGCUGGCGACCUUCAACCCAUCAACGAAGACGAAUGUGACGAAAAAAGGAGCACAGAAACCACCGUGGCAAGCGAAAACGGAGUUGCGGGAACACGGAGUAACGACGAUACCCCAUUGGACCGUCUGGAAGCCGCUAUUGAGGAACUCAUCUUGGUGUGCAUAAGCGAUCCCUCGGAGGAGAUAAGGCAACUGGCCCAUAAACGUCUUCAAACCUACUUUAAAGGCCUUCCGCUUCAAUUGGGGGCUUUCUUUUGCUACCGUUGGACCGAGACUGACCAAAUUAUCUCCUGGAUUAACCGCGAUAUUAUCUACGUUCCAGUUAUCCAGUUGUUUGUGGACGAUCUGCGCGCCCACUCGAAUGAGACAGCGCAAGAGGAGAAGCCCAACUCACAGCUCUUCAAACAACGCCUCUCCAUGGCCUUCAGCACAGCUUUAAACAAGCGCCCCUCUGCUGAGGACGUUUCUCGCACCAAUGAGAAUCCAAAUGCCCCAUUAACUCCAGCUGAAGAGGAGAAUCUGAAGAGGGCUUUGCUGCCGAAGGUGCGGAGCCUUACCCUGAGUAUGCUUUCCAAUCAUCGAAUCCCAAUUCGCCAGAUUGCAGUGUCCAUCUACUCAACCUGUGUCUCAUUUAUGCAUCCUGAAAAUCAGGCAAAAAUUUUGGAAAACGCUGUCCGAACCCUGGAUGGCGACAUCUCCUCGCGCAUGGAGGAAAUCAUAUCAGCAAAAGCAAACUGUCAGGUGAACUGGCUACACGUUGUGACGCUUUGCGAGACCCUUCUAAGUCAUCCAUCGCCGCGCGUUCGCGAUGCGUCCACAGACUUCCUCGUUGCGAUUCGUAAGUCCACGCAAUUUGUGACGUUGACUUUCCUCCUUCGACACAAGAACUCACCUGUCAUGGCUCGCGCCAUUGUGACGGUUGUGGCGCAGGCCUGGUCCUCACGACAGGAUCUUCUCUUCAAACCACUCAAACACCUGCCGAAGUUGCCUGAAUUGAGUCCCGAUUACGAAGACGCUGCAAAGGAAUGCAAGAGUGCUUGGCGUUCUGGUCAUCUUCUGGCAUUCCUCAAGAUCUGCGGAAGCCUCUUGAACGAGUACCACCAGAAGCCAUCCACUUCGUUGCGUCCAAGAAAGUCGAUUUUCCAGCCACUGCUUGAUCCGUUUGUCAAUGCUUCUGGCAGGAAGUUCUCGAUAGCAGGACAGAAACAACUCAACGGGCUCCUAUCUCUAGGCGGCAGCAGAUCAGCUGAUCUCAACGACUCAACUGCGCUUAUUACGCGCAUAAAGCAUCUGGAAGCCACAGAGCUGCAACAGGUAGUGUGGAACGUCAAGUCUGCGACAUUUUUAGCAGAAAGCAAACAUAGGAACUCUAGGACAAAGAGCUCGCCAGGAGUCCUUCUGGGUGCUCUGAGCGAGCUGGGCCUCCGUGGAGGCCCCACAGCUUCCAAGUCCUUUUCGUCCACCGCCUGCUUCCCCAACUCGGCCUGCAACAGUGGCUAUGGAUUUCGGACGUGUUUGACAAUUGCGCUUCAUGCUGCUGUCGAGUGCACCUGUGACCCCAGUUCUGAGAUCAGACACCUGGCAGUUCAGACGCUGUCACAGGUUGGUCAGGUGAUUGGCCUGUUCGACCACACCCUCCUGGUGAAUAUUAUGAUUACCCACAUGAGUUUUGAGCCCACACUUCUCACCUUCGGCUGUCUCGAGAUUCUACUGAAUAUUCUCACCAACUUGAAGACAGGCAAGGUUAGUUUGAUAGAUUGGAUCGAAGACUCAAGUCAAGAGGAUGUGUCCGUCAAAAGCGCCAAGCCGGUCAACCUCCUUCCAGGCAACUUGCUUCAGGGACUUCUGAACGUUGAGCGUUCCCGCGUGUGGCUGCGCACUUGCGAGCACUACAUCUCCUCGCGAGACGUGUUCGACGCGGUGACGCUGGAUGCCGUGCAGAUUGUGAUGUGCGCGCUCACCUCUGUCCAUCAGCUUGGUCCGCUGACCGUGAAGUUGUCUCGGGCGAAGAUUUCGACAGUGAGUGAGGAAGUGGACCAGGGCUUCGAAGACGCCUCGGAUUUUGAAGUCGACGGUCAGUUAGACCUCGAUGCUGACGCCCUGGUCGAUGCAGUUGGCAGCCUGGUUUCGGUGAUUCAGCGACUGACAGCUAUAGUUAAGACCGCGAUUAGUCCACGAGGCAAAAGUUUGCCGGAAAUCGGAUGGCUUUCAGAAUCACCCACGAGGCAAGUUGACGAUUGACUACGCAGACGCUCCGAUGGCUCAAUUUACAUGGCCCCAGUGGAUGAAAUGUCGCUGGAAUUCACAUACCUCGUCUUGCGACGCAUCGAGAUCCCUCUACAGGCCUACGUCUGCGGGUCCUCCCAAGUCCUCUCUUGCACCCCACGUCAUCUCCUUCCGAUCAAUAUCGAGGUUGUGGGAGUGGCCUUGUCCAAGCUCGUUACGCCAUUGGCUACUUUCGCCUUUGAGAUGUUCAUGCCGGAGUUGAUGAAGACGCGACGAGAAAGCAAUGUGGCCUUCUCCACCUACACCAGCACCCUCAAGGAGAAAAGCAUGAUGUCCAUCUUAAACAUCCUUGGAAUAAUUUCGCAGUGCUUGCCCAAGACCGCUGUUCUCGACUUCAACACAGACCAAGUGCUCGAUUCAUCCGGACACUCAAGCAAUUUCUCGUCCACCUCGUCAGCUAUGAGCAGAAAUCUGUGCUCAACUAUGACCAGCAAGCUGGAGGUGCAGAUCAUGGCGACGGCACAAAUGCAGGCCACUUGCGACAAAUUCACCGAGGUUGUCACGGAUAUCUUCAAUUUUGCCGUAAGUACAAGAUUCUUCCGCAGAAUUGCGCGUCACGAUUUAUUGGUCAAGUUGACAAGGCGACGAAUUUGA